GUCUCGUCUUUGCUAUGCGCCACGAGCGCCUCCGCCGCUCCAACGCUCCAACGCCCUGAGCGCCUCCAACACCACUCCAACGCCACGAGCGCCUCCGCCGCUCCACCGAACAACUCCAACGCCACUCCAGCUCUUGCAGCAGUAGAACUCUACUGCAGCCAGCUACGACACCCUGCGCUUGCCGCACUAGGGCAUCGACGCCGUGCUCUUCGUGCCGGAUGACGCCAAGGCCACGCAGACCGCCGACCCGAACAGGAAGCCUCCCGCCAUUGUCACCCACAAGAAGAAGAUCAAGCUCCGGUGAGUUUUGAAUAAAGGAUGAUUUGGAACAAUGUGUACGAGAAAGGCUUAGUCGAUGUGAUGCAUGAUCACAAAGAUAAUCCAAAAUUCAAAGGUCAAAAUGGUUGGAAUCGUGAUGGAUGGAAUAGUAUCACUACCAAGUUCAAUGAAAAGUUCCCUCUAGCUCAUUUCUCUAAACAACAACUGCAAGAGAAGGAGAGAGAGCUUAAAGGAUACUACAAGGCAAUAAGGGAUUCAAGAAAAGAAAGCGGGGUUGGUUGGAAUGACACCCUAUGCAUGGUACUAGCUGAACCAGAAGUUUGGCCAAGGCUGAUUCGCGUAUCAAAGUUUCGCAAUAGGCCAUUCCCUCUUUUUUACAGUUUAGAAGGGCUAUAUGAAGGUAGUGUGGCUACCGGAGAGUUGAAUUUCACAUCAACCGCUGUUGAUCUUCCUCCACCUUCAGCUCCAUCCAGGAGUGUGUCUGGACAAAGUCUCAGUCCUUUGAGUACUAAUUCACUUGAUUUGGAUGGACAAGAAACCACAAGUGUGUUCAAUCUAUCUUGUGAUGCUCAAUCUGUCCGAGUCAAUACUAAUGAACCCACUGAAGCUCAAUUUGUCCCAUCUAAUCAAGAAUCAAGCCAGAGAGAAGGUGGCAGUGGGAGAAAGCGUAAGCAAAGCCAUGUUGGAUUAGCUCUUGAAAGUUAUGUGGAGUUUAAAAAGAUCCAAAAUACAGAAACACUUGAAACUCUUAAAGAACAUAAGAGGCAAGAGGAUCAAUUUUCUAUUAGCAAGUGUCAGGCUGAAUUGAAAGGAAUGGAUGGAUUAACAGCAGUAGACAAAUCAUAUGCUUUGGAGCUUUUCGUAUCUGUGACAAACCGAGAAAUUUUCUUAACAACAACAGAGCAUGAUGUUAGAGAAAUUUGGCUCAAGCGCAAAAUUAGGUUGCUUCGUGGUAGUGAUGCAUGGCCUGAACAAAUGAUAUGAGCAAAUUUGACAACUGCAGUUCUGUUAUGGUGAAUGGUGAUUGUAGUUCAGUUUCAGCUCUAACCUAUGGAAAAUUGAAUGGCAGUUGCACUAAUCUGUUGGUGGAAUGAUUUUCCCAGUAAUUUCCUGGACAAGCAGAUCACUGAGAACCAUUUACCUUAUGAGAAAUGAUGCCCUGUAUGGUUCAGUAUAGUUCUUGUAUUGCUAGUUUAAAUUAAUUCUUGUAUGGCAGUUGCACUAAACUGAAUGGCAGCUGAACUUUGAGAUAUGCUUCUAUUGUUGGUUUAAAACCAUGGUGAUGACUGUUCUUGUAUGCAUUCUGUAUGCAUUCUUGUUUAUAACCUGGUUGCUUAUGUAUGCAUUCUUGUAUGCCGUGU